CGGCACCCUGGCGUUCUGGCCGACUUGCUGCUCGAUAUCGCCCAGCCAUGUCCCGGUCGCCGGCGCCCGUCUCGCCCGACGACUCGCUCUGGACCGAGCACGCCAUUGCCUCGCUCUGGGCGAAUCGCAAGCGGUUCCGAGAGCCAGAUCCAAGCGACCCCGAGUCCUCCAAGCGGCUCAAGAGCCAAAUAUGCGACUUUAUUGAAAACGAAUGGCUUGCGGCGGCAUCGUCGUUGCCAUCCCCUGCUCGGCAACAUCGUGAAAGUCUGGACUCGAGCCCAAUGCCUCUUGACAACGCUGCCCGGCAAGAGUUUCGCAACUUUCUGGCUGAGUUUGGCGCCGACAUUCAGCAGCACGUCUGGAGCCUCCGUGAUCGAAUGCCGGCAGAGCGCCAAUGUUGCCCCAUCUGCACCCUCUCCGAAAUCGAGCGACGAGGAGCGGUCAUCUAUUGCGCAAGCUGCCGGUUCUGGCUGCACACUUCGGUCGACAGCAUCACCCUGGCCCAGAUGUGUCGACAGAUCGAGGCGGCUCGGCAGGACCACAGUGUUGGAUGCUCCUGCAAACUCACCCUCAAGCAGCCGCCGGCGCUGCCUGUGCCUGGCUUUGUCCAGACCGUUCUGAUCGAGUGCGAGGAGUGCGGAUAUUUGGAGGUAUUAUAGAUUUGCAACGAUUGCGGAAUGAACACGAGCGGAUGCAAGGGCAUCCAUGGUUCCCAGGAAGUGGCAGACAAUAUUCACCGCCGCGG